GAUCCCGAUGAGAAUUGUUUAGCGCCACUGUUAUGAUGUAAAAUAAACAACGUACGGUUAGAGAAUGGGAUUGUUAAAAUUCCUCUGAUAUGAAAUAUUUUUUGAAGUCGUAGUUUUCUGAGAUGAAUGAGUACAGGAAUAUUUUAAUAGGAGAUGCAGCACGUGCUUGGAAGCGGCUGGUGGGACGGUUUUACUGGCUGAAUGACAGCGAGAUCGCCAGACAUCUGAUUGAGGUCCAUGAUCAGUGGUGUGGGGACCAGUGUCCCCUAGGGAAAUCAUGUGACAGAGGGAGCUCAGGGUAUGAGAUAUCAUGUGAUGAACCAGAGGCACCCCCAUCAGCGAAAUCUGAAGCAGAAAAUGAAGAUAUCCCACUUCAGCUGGAAGUUGACGAAGGGGCGGAGUCUUUUGAUGGUGACUCUAGCAGGACUCAGUCUGCUAAUGACUCGGACAGGACCGAGUCGGUUGAUAACUCGAGCAGGACUGAGUCUGUUGAUGGUGACUCAAGUAGAACCGAGUCUGUUGAUGGUGACUGUGGCUUUGAAAGUGACCUUGACCCAGUUAGCCAUGUGGUCAGUGUAACGGACAUGGAGGGUGAUAUGAAAGUAGUUGCAGAUGCCACAGAUAACACUCCUCAAAACACUGGAUCCACCUUAGCAAGGACCGACAACUUGAUCCCUGCAUCAGGCAACAAAUCAACAGACUCAAGGGCAGGUAACCUCUCUCAAACACUGAUAUCUGUCAAACAAGAACCAACAGACAGUGGUGAAUAUGAAAACUCUGUGAUACAAAGUGUAGAGAAAUCUCAUCAUCAUACACAGCUUACAUCAUCUGGUGCCACCUCUCAUCCGGUCAUGUCAGAUACCAUUGUUGUGAAACAAGAACCAACAGACAGUGGUGAAUAUGAAAAUUUUGUGAUACAAAGUGUAGAAACAUCUCAUCAUCAUACGCAGCUUACAUCAUCUGGUGCCACCUCUCAUCCAGUCAUGUCAGAUACCAUUGUUGUGAAACAAGAACCAACAGACAGUGGUGAAUAUGAAAAUUCUGUGAUACAAAGUGUAGAAACAUCUCAUCAUCAUACACAGCUUACAUCAUCUGGUGCCACCUCUCAUCUGGUCAUGUCAGAUACCAUUGUUGUGAAACAAGAGCCAACAGACAGUGAUGAGUAUGAAAAUUCUGUGGGACAAGAUAUGGAGACCACAGAGACAAAUCCUGUUCAUCAUUCUCCCCCUAUUUCAUCUUCACAUCCAGUCAGGGCAAAUACCAUUACCACAGCAGUCAGGGCUGCACUGAGACAGAAGAUUUCAUCAACAGUUGUCUUGCUCCCACUCUUUACCAACAAAUGGACUAACUCAGGAGGAGAUACCCUAACACAAGCAAUACCAGUUGUCAAACAAGAACCAACAGACAGUGGUGAAUAUGAAAAUUCUGGUGCCACGUCUCAUCCGGUCGUGUCAGAUUCCAUGACCGCAGCACUCGAGCCCGUACCGAAUCACGGGACCUCAUCAACAAACACACACCCUGGUUCACUCAGUCCUGUAGUGACGGGACGACAGAACACGGAGCUAGCAACACCAGACACUAACAUGGAUUCUACCGUAACUCUGGCGACUGUCGCAGACACGUUACCACCACGUAAUAACAAACAGAGAGAAGGAAGUCUCACACAAAAGGAAAAUAUGAGUAAAAAGAGAAUUGCAGAAGACUCAUUGUACACAAAACCUGUGAAAAGGAGACUGACGCGGAAGAACCAAGGGCCCAGUACCAGCAAAAAAUCUGCAAACUUAUCAGAAACAGAGACCCAAAGUUCGGAAGAGGACCAGUCAAAUCAAAAAGAGGACCAGUCGUCAAUUGAGAAAGAGGACCAGUCAAAUGACCCAAGUUGGGUGGCACCAGGACAUGCCCAGUACAACAAAAAGACAAGGAAUAGAAAACGUGGUCGACCAUCAGUGUUUUCAGAAUCGGAACGUAAAAUGAGGCGUGCAAUACGGGAGAAGAAGCGAGCGAAACAGAGAAUUUGCGUGGGAGGAAUGCUGGAGGAAUGGAACCGGCUUCGUGUGACUCUGAAUCUGGAGUCUAACCCUCAUGUUGCCGAAUUUCUCAUCAAUCAUCACAAACAAUGCCAGAAUGUUUCUACCAGUACUUCAAAGUCUCAACUACAUGCACAGUUGACAAAGUCAGAAAUGUCUUCAACAGACAAAAAAGAAAAUGGCAGAUCCAUUGUGAGAAUCAGUGAGGAUUUUGAGGAGGAGGAGGAGGAGGAGGACUCAACACCAGACCUCAGUUUGAUUUUAGGUGAAAAGGACCACACAGACAUUGAGGAUGUAGCAGGAGGGGAUCUGGUGUUUGGAGUGGGGGAAAUGUCACUUCCUGAGGACAGAGUGGGGGAAAUGUCACUUCCAGAGGACAGAGUGGGGAAAAUGUCACAUACAGAGGACAGAGUGGGCGAAAAGUCACAUCCAGAGGAAGAAGCAGCAGAAAACGUCAAAGUUCCGGGUAUUAUGCAGAUUCUGACAAUGGAUGAGUCAGAACUGGUUCUGAAAUCAGAGAAAGUGAUCGUGUUUGAGGAGCAGCUGCUGAUUUUGGCUAAAUCCAAGAUUAAUGAUCAAUGUUUAGUGAAAGGGUGUCCAGAAGCUGUGAAAAUUUCAACAAGAUAUGUUGCAUCUGCUUUGUAUCUUGUUUGGUCUUGCUCAAACAAACACAUAAAACAUCGGUGGUGCUCCCAGCCACUGCUCAGUGGAGGCUCUCAGAGUGGGGACUUGAUGAUAACCGCUGCAAUUCUUUGCUCUGGGAAUGAUUUCUGCAAGGUGAAGAGGAUGGCAGAUUUAUUGCAUCUUCAUUUUCCAAAUCAGUCGUCAUUUACACAGCUUCAGCAGAAGUGUCUUGUUCCAGCCAUUGAGGAGACAUGGUUUGAACAUCAGCGAAGUGAGAGGACGAAACUUAACGAUAAGGACGUUGUCCUGCUGGGGGGUGGAUGUCUGUGCAGUCCUGGGCAUUGCAGUCAGCAUUGUACAUUCACACUGAUGGAAAAUGACAGUAAAAAAAUAGUUGCCUUGGAAACACUUGAAAAGAAAAACACUAGUAAAAGCGGCAUUAAUCUGGAAAAAGCGUGUUUUCAGAGAGCUCUGAAAGAUGUGAGAAAAAGUGUCCGUGUAACUGAAGUGGUCACUGAGGCUCAACUACAGGUCGAUGGAUUCAUGAAAAAGUGGUACUCUCGCAUUAGACAUUCACAUGAUGUAUGGCAAGCAGCAAAGGAGUUGGGGAAAAAAAUUAUUGCGGCUGGUCAAGAUAAACACUGCAAAGACCUUUUGAACUGGCGCAAAGAUAUAGUUGAACAUUUUUGGCACAGUUGCGAAGUUGCGAAUUCACGUAAAGAGUUUCUAGACAUCUGGGUAGGAAUGACCCACCACGUACUAAACAAACAUAAGUGGAUGUCGUCGUAUGCUAGUUUAGAACCAGGAUGUUGUUCCCAUGGUGACCUGGAUGAGGACAGAAACAAAAAAUGGCUGCAAUACAAGAGUCCUGCCUACACAGCCCUGAUUGAAAUUGUGAUGGACAAGCAGUUCUUAAAAAACGUACACUACUUCCUUAAUUUUAGGAGUACAGCAAAUCUCGAAAUCUUCAACAACCACAUUUGGGUGCAUGCAUCAGAAAGGCUGACAUAUACUUCCGCUGUAUACAGAGCUAGAAACAUCUUAGCUGCACUAGAUUACAACAGCAGUGUAGAUCUGCCCUCAGCAACAAAUGAAGAUGGCAGUACUAGAUAUCAAAGAACAUUUUCGAAGAAGUUUGGGCGAUGGAUUAUUGUGGAAAGAAAAGAGAAAAAGACAUACCAUCAUAUUGAAGAAAUUUUUAGGAAAAGUUUAAGGAUUCAAUUGAAUUGUGAGUGAGGACUGCAUCAUCCAGUAGGACUGUCUGACAAAGAUCCCAGGAAAGGAUGCAUCAUCCAGUAGGACUGUCUGACAAAGAUCCCAGGAAAAGAUGCAUCAUCCAGUAGGACUGUCAGUCAAAGAUCCCAGGAAAAGAUGCAUCAUCCAGUAGGACUGUCUGACAAGGAUCCCAGGAAAAGAUGCAUCAUCCUAGAAGACUGUCUGACAAAGAUCACAGGAAAUUAUACAUUAUCCAGUAGGACUGUCUGACAAAGAUCCCAGGAAGAGAUGCAUCAUCCAGCAGGACUGUCUGACAAGGAUCCCAGGAAAAGAUGCAUCAUCCUAGAAGACUGUCUGACAAAGAUCACAGGAAAUUAUACAUUAUCCAGUAGGACUGUCUGACAAAGAUCCCAGGAAGAGAUGCAUCAUUCAGCAGGACUGUCAAGACAAAGAUCCCAGGAAAGGAUGCAUCAUCCAGAAGAACUGUCUGACAAAGAUCCCAAGAAAAGAUGCAUCAUUCAGUUGGACUGUAUCACAUAUUUUGUUAAUCAUUGCCCACCAGAGACUCCACCACUUAGCUAAGAGGUUGUGGCACAGAGUAUGAUUAUUACAAUAAAUAUUCUUAUAUUG